AGUUGGAAAGAGGGGGUGGAGCCCGGGCCUUGUCAAGUGUGACCAACCAGCGAGAGGAGCGGACUUUGCGGGGUGGAGCCCUGAAGCCCUCUCCCAAUCGCACAAGUGUAGGGGCGGGGCAUUCUUUGGGGGGCCCAAUGAGGAACGCGGCCGAAGCUGGCCUGUCAAGAGAAGGGGCUGGGGGCGGGGAGAUGGUGAGUCGGGGAUAAACACUCCGCGGCGGUGGCGGCUGCUGCUCUGCUCCGGGUUCUGUCACUGUGUCGGCGGUGCCCAGCUCACUGGCCCCCUCCCUCUCUUGUCGAGCGUGGUUGCCAGAGAGGCUCCCUCAGCCCUGCUACGCGGGGUCCACAGCGGGCUCCACAGCGGGCUCCACAGCGGUCCGGCGGCGGCAGCGAGCCCGUGGGCAGUGGGGGUUGGUCCCGUGGCUCCGGCCCCCGGUGCAGAAUGGCGGCGGCGGUUCGGAUGAACAUCCAGAUGCUGCUGGAGGCGGCCGACUAUCUGGAGCGGCGGGAGAGAGAAGCUGAACAUGGUUAUGCCUCCAUGUUACCAUACAAUAACAAGGACAGAGAUGCCUUAAAACGGAGGAACAAAUCCAAAAAGAAUAACAGCAGUAGCAGAUCAACUCACAAUGAAAUGGAGAAGAAUAGACGGGCUCAUCUUCGCUUGUGCCUGGAGAAGUUGAAGGGGCUGGUGCCACUUGGACCUGAAUCAAGUCGACACACUACGUUGAGUUUAUUAACAAAAGCCAAAUUGCACAUAAAGAAACUUGAAGAUUGUGACAGAAAAGCCGUUCACCAAAUCGACCAGCUUCAGCGAGAGCAGCGACACCUGAAGAGGCAGCUGGAGAAGCUGGGCAUUGAGAGGAUCCGGAUGGACAGCAUCGGCUCCACCGUCUCCUCGGAGCGCUCCGACUCCGACAGGGAAGAAAUCGACGUUGACGUGGAGAGCACGGACUAUCUCACAGGUGAUCUGGACUGGAGCAGCAGCAGUGUGAGCGACUCUGACGAGCGGGGCAGCAUGCAGAGCCUCGGCAGUGAUGAGGGCUAUUCCAGCACCAGCAUCAAGAGAAUAAAGCUGCAGGACAGUCACAAGGCGUGUCUUGGUCUCUAAGAGAGUGGGCACUGCGGCUGUCUCCUUGAAGGUUCUCCCUGUUGGUUCUGAUUAGGUAACGUAUUGGACCUGCCCACAACUCCCUUGCACGUAAACUUCAGUGUCCCACCUUGACCAAAAUCAGCUUUGUAACUGUUUUCAAGGAAGUGCUUAGGAUUGUGGGUUUCUGAUUGCAUCCACUAGCUUCUCUUUUUCUCGACAUAAAAAUUUGUCUCUGAGAGACUAUACAUUCCAAUCAAUUUGAAGCAUCCAAGAAUUCUUAGACCGAAUAAGCAAUGUCCACAUCUCAGCAAUCCCCCUCUUUGCUCUCCUCGUGUCCUCUCCCAGACCUUUCUUCCAGUUUUCUGGCUUACUAUGUUACUUGCCUAGGAGGAAUGUCCAAGUGUGUCUUGUACUUAGGAAACUGAAGGAAACAAACUUUUGAAAUUGAGAUCCUGAUCUCAGAACUCCAAAGUAAGCUUUGAAAGCAGCAUUUAAGAGCACUUAACCAUGGACCUCACCACCAGUGAGGAAGUCAGGAAUACCUCUAGAAAACACGCCCUUCACACCGCGCAUGCUCAUUCCCCCGACGCGCCGCGUGUGGAUGGGAGCAGUAUUUCUCACUUUAAAAUGGACACCUUGAUAGUGUGUCUCUGGGGUUGCACAGCUCAUCAAAGUUCCAAAUUGUUUGUUCUCACAAACAAAACGGUACAAUCUAUUUUUGUGCGAUGUUCUUGGGACCUCGCUGUGUUCUGCUAUCUCGAGGCACAUUCUCCCCUCCAACUUUGUUAAUGCUACUUGUCUCUGGAACAUUUUUUUUUCCUACCUCAGAGAUAAAUGAGAUCUCCAUUUCCCACUUAACACAGUGAUUAUCCUUUCCCCCCCCCCCAAAUAGUGACAUUUGGUCCAAUUAUAAUCUAUUUUCCUAUUGAACUUUCAGCAAUAACUGAGCUGUGGCACUAGCAGAGCUAGUAGCCAUUAUCAGUGAAAGAAAAAGUCCACAUUUCUACUCUCUGUUGCAGGUGAACAGGAGAGGAUGGUACACCGUUACCAGAACUCCUCUCCUUAUUGAUUAUUUUUGGACACACCCAGAAACUUCUUUAUGGAGGCUUUUGGGUUGAUAGUUUAAAAGGCUGGUUUUUCUUUUUGGUUAUGAUUUCUCCCUUAAGUGGUCUCCGACUUUGUAGCAUUUUUAUUUAAGCUAAAACAGAGCACAUGUGUAUGUACAUAAGACACAUUAAAUCUAUAAAUACUAUUUAUUCAUUUUAUAUAAACUAAUGUAAUGGAAAACAAAUUCUUAUGACUUUGUGCUUUUAUAGAUGUUCUAGAAACUUUGUAUGUAGGUAUCUACAAAAUUAGUUCAUUCCCCUGAAUAUUUUUGCAUUCAUAUUUUUGAAGUCUUGAUGUUUUCAGCCUCUGGCGAAUCUUUUUCAUUGAAUUUGAACCAUUUGUAAAAUCUGUGAUGCUGAAGCAGAGUGUGUCACAAAGUGAUGAGAACAUUCCUAAAAUCCAUGGACGCACUGCGACCUAAGGGCUCAACGGCUGACUCGGCAGCAGGCAGCCACCCCACGCUCCCCUGCGGUCACUCGCACACCACAGCCUGAAGCUCCCCCAGCGCCUGCACCUCGCACACAGCUAAGGUCAAAGUUCAAACGCACUCCACACGGAAGCUCAUUCUAUACCCGAAGAGCAGUCUCAGAAAGCAAGAUUACUUUUGUGUUUUUUAAAAAAUGAUUCUUUAAUGUAUUUUUCUAAACAUUCUGAUUGGAAGUAGUGGAUUCCUAAAUGAUUCCAAAGUCAUCUGUAAUUCUUGUGUUUUUGUUUUGUUCUGUCUUUUCUUCAUUUUGGCUUUGGGUGGGGGGAGGGGCAGGUGACACAAAGGAUUUUUUUUUUUUUUUAAUUUUUGGAAUCUUUUCCAAUAACCAGCUAAAGAUUUGCACUGAAAUACAACUUGUAUGCCUUUUGCAUUUUUAAAGCCUGCUUCCUGGAUUUAAGCAGAGUGAUAGUGUUCAAAGAGCCAGUUCAGCCUGUAACAUAUUUGAAAAAAAUAUGUCUGCACUUUGAGGUCCCUUUUGAAUGCCAUUCACUAGACCUCUCAAGCAUUUUGUUUCAUUGCUACAUCCAAGCGCCUCACAAGUCCACAAUGCGGGACAGCAUCAAAAGCUCAAGACUUUGGAAAAAGCUUGUGGGCUUGCACUGGGGGAGGGAAGGGAACAAAAUUUGUGUACUUCUUUGUUUAAUUUAGAAAUAAGGCAUCCAAGAGAUGCCAUUAUUUUCUGUGUUUCAAUUGUUGUGCCUUUGAGUUAAACUGCAUUUUUGUCUUUUGGUUGAAAUCUGAAAUGUACUGUCCCAAUAUAAAACAGUAAUUAUUUGA